GCUUCGAAGAGGUAGCACAGACAUGUAACGAACAUAACUGUCACGGAAAGUCUAAGAAGGACGCUUGUUCCACGGACUGCCUGGACAAUAGCGCAUUGGCGUGCCACCCCCUCUCUCGCCCCCCCAGCUGAUGCCAAGGCGGGCGGGCGGCCGCCAGCAGAUGAAUAGCAGGUCUGUUCCAGCAGCUGCGCGUCUCGGUCCAGGGAGAAGAGAGUCUCUGAGAGCACAGAGUGCCCCGCUCCGUGCACAGUCUGCAGGGGAAGAGACCUGGCGCAGUAGGAUGGCUUCAGAAGGGGAGAGCAUCAAUCUUCAAGGCAUGAAUCCUCACCUCCGGAUUAACGGGCCAAUGAACAUCAACCACUACGCGACAAAAAAGAGUGUGGCGGAGAGCAUGCUGGAUGUGGCACUGUUUAUGGCAAACGUUACGCAGCUCAAAGCGGUGCUGGAGCAGGGGCCUUCCUUCCAGUACUACAUCACCCUCAUUGUGCUCAUCAGCAUCUCUCUCUUCUUCCAGGUGAUAAUUGGGAUUCUCCUCAUCAUCUCUGCUCGUUUGAACCUGAAUGACGUUGCAAAGCAACCCCGCCUGAACAUACUCAACAACACUGCCACAGCCCUCAUCUUCAUCACGGUCAUUCUCAACAUCUUCAUCACAGCCUUUGGGGUGCAGAAGACUGGCCUCUACCCUACCAGGAAUUUUCGACCUUAUUAAGUCAUGGGCAAUGGAUCAGGAUCCGAGCAGCCAGCUGGUGAGGAAAUCUCUCCUCCUCCAUGUUUUCACUGACCUCAGCAGGAGCCCAUCAAUGAAUCCAGAAAACUGGGUUAAAUUUCCAAAAUUGUGUGCAUGUCACGGUAUACCAGCCCUUUGC